AUGACAUCAAAAAUCAUACCCAAAAAUUCAAGCCAAUUGAUGCAACAAAAACAAUUUUUUAAAAUCGGAGAUAUUAUGUGGGCCAAAAUAGGAAAGUAUCCAUUUUGGCCAUGCAUUUUGUGUUUUGAUCCUUAUUCCAACAAAUUCAUCAAAGAAUAUAGUAUGUUUUUUUUAUGGUAUACUAAAUAAAAUAAUUGAUUAUGAAUGUGUUCACAAUUUUGAUUAUUAAUUUUAAAAUUUGUAUAAUAUUCAUAUAAAUAUUAAGCUACCUAUUAUGUUUUCUUCAUGGUUAUUUACUCAGGUUGUACUCAGGCUUUAAUUAUGAUAAUUUGUAACAAAAACAUUUUUAUACUCAUCAGUUUUUAUAAAAUACCUGUAGUCAAUUUUUGAAAAUAUAACCAUUUAUUAACUAUAAUAUUGAAAAAAAUCACAAAUAGGUAUAUCUUUCUUUUACAAAAGUAGAUCUUCUGACUAUUAGCACUAAUAGUUCAAUUCGAUGCUGUAUAGACCACCCCCAUCAACCUGAUGGGGGCAUACAAUAUGUUAUAUUAUAACAUAGAAAUCAUUUUAGUUUGUCAUGAGAUAUUUUUGUCAUUAUUAUAAUGUUACAAAAUUAAGAUCCUAAGUAAAUUUGUUUUUUUUUUUUUUUUUUAGGAGAAAAUAAUAAUACCUUGCUCCAGUUACACGUAAGAUUUUUAAAUGAUUACGGUAGGAGAAGCUGGGUCAAAAACAUUUAUAUAUUUUCUGAAGAACAAAAUGUACUAUCAAAAUAUCCUCAAUAUUUAGUGAGUAUCAAAUCAAAAAUUAUCUACAUUUUAAAUAGAAAAAUAUAUUUUGCAUUGCAUAAUGUUUUAGUCAUAUUUCCAAAAAAAAAAUGCAUUAUUUAAGAACUGGACAUCGGCCAUCGAAGAAGCACAAAAACUGUUAAAGUUAAAUCAGUAAAAUUUUUGAUUAUAUUUUCUUUAAAAUUCAAAUAAUAUACUUAAAUCAAAAUAUAUUAAAUAAAUGUGAAAUUUUUCAGAGAAAAAAGGAUGACGAUAUUUGAAAAAACAUAUACUGUAUGUCAAAAUAGUUGUAAUUUAUAAAAAUAUUUUGAAUAGAAUUAAUGCUGUUAUUUCUUAUUACUUUUAGCGUACAACAAAUUCAAGGAAACAUAUUGGUUCUAAUGGAAGUAAGCCACAGAAUAUGUCUGUGGAUAGUUGUAUAAACAGUAAGUCUACAAAAACUUAUCCACUCAAAAGUUCAUUAAUGAAUAAAUAUGAUUUAUCUGAUUCAAUAGAGAAACCAAAGGUGACUUCUACUCUUACCGAUUCUUUGAAAUCUAUGGAAACAAAACUUAAAAAAAGGUGUAUGAUCUAUUUAUGAAAUAUUUAUAAUCAUCCUUAACUGUUGUAUGCUAUUUAAUUUUAUGAGAAAAUCGAAAAAUGAACUAUAUAGUGCAUAAACUAGGUAAAAUUUCCCCUAGCACCAGGUGCUAUACUCCAUAUGUCAAAGUAAGAUUUCUUUUUGAAAAGUUAUUUGCAGACACAAAAAAAAAAAAUCGUAGAAAAACAAAUUGAUCUCUCCCUACACUCCAAAACAUUAUUUAAUAAUUCAAAUUAGUAAUUUAUUUAAAAUCUGUAUUUUAUUUCCAUUUCUAAUUUUUUUUUAUUUUUUAGAAAAAUUGCAGACAUUCAAGCACACAAUAAUUACAUUUCUAUGGUAAAUUAUUAAAUUUCUUAAGAACACCAGUUUAAUUUUUUUACAAUUAUUUUUCUUAUUAAAGGAGCCUUCCAAAUUUCUUCCAAUCAAGUUUAACAACCCUUGUGGCAAUGUAAAAAUUAAGGACAUUGGCGAUGAUGUUUUUAAUCCAUGUAAUUGUAAUCCAAACCAGUCAGAUCCAUGUGGUCCAAAUUCUGGUUGUUUAAAUAGGUAUUUUAUACCUUUUUUUUUUUUUUUUUUGGAUAUACUAAAUUUUGAAUUAUUUUUUAGAUUACUUAUGUUUGAAUGUGAUCCAGAACUAUGCCCUGCUGGUGACAAGUGCAAUAAUCAACAAUUUAAAAAACAAUUGUGCCCAACAGUGACUCCAUUUUUAACAAAAAACAGGGGCUGGGGUCUUAAAACUUUGGACAUUAUAAAAAAAGGUUUGAGUUAAUUUUUAUAAUUCUUCUUAAAAUUAUAAUUUGAUUAUUCAUUAUAAUUUUAGAAUCAUUUAUAAUUGAGUAUGUUGGCGAUCUUCUUGAUGGAGAAGAAUUUAAUAAAAGAAUGAAUAUAUUAAUUAAAAAGAGAAAUGAAAAUCAUUAUUUUUUUCACAUAAAUAAUUCUAGAAUAAUUGAUGCUGGAAGUAAAGGAAAUUUUUCAAGGUGAAAUUAAUUUUAAUGAUUUAAUAGAUAUAAAUAUAAUUUGUAUACAGUACAAAGUAAUUCAAAUUUAAUGAUUUUUUUUUAGCGUUUCUUAGCUAAUUUAAAAUGAUUGAAUAAUAAUUUUUUACUUAGUAUUGAAUAUAAUAAUUUCAUAUUAAUUAAUAUUAAAUAAAUCAAUCUAAAAACUUGAUUAAUCUUUUUUUUUUAUUAUGUUUUUUUAAUUUCUUAGAUAAAUAAAAAUUAUAAUAAAUAUAAAUAUUAAAACAAUAUUCACAAUAUUGCAAUUAAGAUUACAUGCAAUGAUUAAUGAUAUUAUUUAUUAAGUUUAGUAAAUGUUAAUUAUGUUGAAAUUUUUUACGCAUUAUGAUAUAACACUGGAAAUUUUGUAUUAAUAUAAUUUAUAUAUUUUGUUAAUAGAUUUAUGAACCAUUCAUGUGAACCAAAUUGUGAAUCAUAUAAAUGGAUAGUUAAUGGAGAGACUAGAGUUGGAUUUUUUGCUUUACAUGACAUUGCUGCUGGUAGUGAAUUGGUAUUUAAUUACAACUUUCAAAAUGUCAAAGGAGUUACUAAAAUACCUUGUCAAUGUGGAGCUGCUAAAUGUUCUAAAUUUAUUGGGGUUUAA